AUGGUGGGGGAUGUGAACAACGUAGAAGUGAAGGAAAAAAAAAAGGGAUAUGAGGUAAAGAAGGUCCCUGUGUCUCCUGUAAAACCAUCCCGACCAACCGCCUACGUCAGGAAACCCGCAUCGGCACGUAACGUGGGGAGCCCGUCGGCGAAACAUGAUGCGCUGGCAUCUUUCACCUCGCCGAGGGAUUCAAAGCGUCACGUACCGGACUGUGGCUUCGCGUCACCGCACAGCAGCAGAAGACCCUACAGGAGCGAUCCGAAGCAUUUUGAGCUUCAUGUCCGUUCUUCAGUGGAAAAAUCGAGGGCUUUAGAGACGCCGGAGGCAGCGAAGGUCUCUGCGUCAGGAAAUGGCACCGAUGGUCCAUUGUUUUCCAGCGACGCUGAGAGUGCCCGUCUCCUCCCUUCUAUCACCGCAGCGGAGACAAGGCUCCCUUUCCUCGAUGGAUGUUUUAGGCCCAACACAGAUGGUGGUUCAGUUGUUGUGUGGGCCGGUGGACGUCGUCGCCAGCAGCAGUUGCAGCAGCAGUCUCUUUGCUCCCGGCAACCAGCGGAACGUGAGGAAGAGGAAGCGGGAGCGGUGCCACAGGCAGAAAAAAGUGCUGUCUUCUCACCUGAGGCUCUUCGUCACGAAUCAAAGGGUUUUUGCCUUCCAUUAACUGCCUCCCUGGAACAUUUCACGGCUUCUGGUCACGAACGCUCGCUGCAUCCAUCCCAUGUGGGGAGUGUUUUACCAAACGAUACGACGGAACUAAACGAAGAGAGAAGUUUUGCGCAGCGCAUCCCUGGAAUGGACUUGUCCGCGUCGCCACUCCGUAUGGACGCCAGGGUGAAGGAGGAAUUUUUAUUGCAUUUUUUAAACCUCAUAUCAUCUUCACCUUUAUCCUCUUCAUCGGAGGUUGGGGCCUCAUUUCAAUCCGACAGGGAUGCUGCGACAGAGACGAAACUCGUGACGGUAUUUGUGCGUGGUGAAGAUGCGGGUGUGGAUGCUGACACGAAAACAGGGAGGAGGAGGAGGAGAGAGGCGUCGUGCAAGAAUCCUGACGCGAUUCAGCUCGAGGAGUCGAUGGCGAUGACGACACAGACAUCCGGGAAUACGGAACGGGCACAGCUGGGCCGUUACAGACAGUUGCCGGGGUACAGAGAGGCACGGAGGAUGGCGCAGCGAAUGGCACUAGAGAAGGUCCGAAAACAAUUUUGCUGCAGUGCGGAGUGA